GCAGAUCGAUGGAUUGAAAAAAAUGUGUAUUUUUGGUCGUCGUCGGUCCCAAAUGGACACCAAAAGUGGCUGCGGUGGCUGACUUUUUAGCGCACAGCUCGACUAGCUGCCAUAAAACAACUUGCAAACGUGUGGUCUACAAGGCCAGGAGAGUCGGUCAUCAGGCAACACACACGGCAUCCGCUCGAUCGCUACAACUGUAUGAUCUCGCGGCCCGUUGCACGUAACUGUCAAUGACCAAAACACAACAGCUACAUGUUUUUCCAUCCCCCCAAUUCACAUGAAUUGCAUUCUGGACGUGUAAAUAGAUCUUCUAGUGAAAACUCAUGGGCGGGUUCGUCUCAAAGCCAUUCAGCGACAGUAUUCGUCCCGUUGCCGCUGUCUACGGAGGUCCGAUAGCCUGUGAUGGCUGUGCGGAGAGUGUAGCCCGUCUCUUACGCCAUUCGAACCCACACUUCAAAGUCUCUUACCUCGGUCCCAACGAAGAGAAUGACGUGACUGCCGAAUCGCUGAAGAAAUUGGACCUUUUUGCCUGGCCGGGCGGAGGUGACGACGUGGAUGAUGAAUUCCCACAAAUCGCUCAUUAUGCACAGCCUAUCAGACAAUACGUCUCUUCAGGUGGUCUCUACCUAGGCAUUUGCUAUGGUGCGUUCCUGGCCCGUGGACCCGGACCCGAUCGGCCGUAUUUCAAUUUACUUCCACCCGGUAAUUGGGUCUCUUCUGAAAGGUUUGAGAAUGGCUCUCAGGUCAAAGGUGCAGAAGACGCCAUCAUAUUGACUGAUUGGGCUUUUCACACUGGUAAGAAGCGAGGAACAGUGGAAAAACGGCGAUGGCAAUACUUCCAGGAUGGAGGACAGGUCCAUCUUGACAAGAGCGUGUUACGUGAUACAAUCAUCAUGGGCAAUUAUACGUAUACCGGAGACCCCGAUGCGAUCAUCCAAAGACUCGACAAAGGGGCAAUCGGAUUAAUAGGUACCCACCCGGAAGCCGAUGAGAGCUGGUAUGAAGAUUGGGACGGCCACAAUCCAGAUGGCAUUCGGCAUGAUAUUGGUAAUGACUUCGUACAGACCUUAUGGGACACACGGAUGAAUCUAGACUAGGCUGGGCUGUGACGAGUACAGAGUGAGAUGUGUAAUGCAUGUAUGUAAUACAAU